AUGGCACUUGCUCAAGGAUUCAAACGCUUUCGAACAGAAGAACCUUUCAUAUAUCCAAAGGAGAAGAAAACAAAAGUCGAAAUGGAACCACCUUCCAGUGCAGACAUUACCCACCUGCCAAGCCCAACGCCUUCAGUAAAUACGCCUUUAUCAUCAUCGUCAUCGGCACCUUCAUCCACAACAAUCGACACACCUGUGUUACAGUCCUUUACGAUAUCCACAAAGACAAAUGUUGAAUACGACCACAUCAAUCAACUGCUGCAUACCGUGCAUGUGAACCGAUACGGCGAUCCAGAGUUGAACGAAGGCUGGUGGCAGCAAUCUACAGAUAUCGAGAUGGAUUACAUGGAUGUGGAUCCUGUAAACGCAUACCAAGAUAUCAAUGCUACUCUACGUCAAGCUUUUUUACAACGUCAUCACCAUCCUUGA